CCCGCGGCAUCCAAACCGGCGCCGGCGGAAUUGCAGAUGGAGACGCCCAUCCAGCGCGAAAUCCGCCGCAGCUGCGAGCGGGAGGAAAGCCUGCGCCGGAGCCGGGGUCUGAGUCCCGGUCGCGCGGGCGAGGAACUCAUUGAGUUGCGCGUGCGGCCGGUGCUCAGUCGGCCCGGCUCCGGUACUCCGCUGCCGCGCGCCCUGGAGCGCGCUCGGGCGGGCGCGAAGAUGCAACGGGACAUCGAACGCGAGGCUCACAGGCAGGCGGCGCUGGCGAGCCCCGCGGUUCCGGAGCCUAGCGCCCGGCGGCGGCCGCAGCCGCUGGACGAACUCAAGCGCUUCUUUGAGGCUGCGGCGGAGGACGGCGCUGGCUUGCAGAGGCAGCCAGAGACCGGAGGCCGGCUGCACCCCGCCGUUCAGGACGGCUGUCCGGUACUGGGGCAGUUGCCACCGCUCGUUGCCCCGUCACUGCUGGAGCAGGAGGUGCGACGAGUGCGCGAGCGCGAGCGGGAGCUGCAGUUGCAGCGGCGCAGCAUCUACGGCGACGCCGAGGUCCAGGAGCCAGCGCCGAGCCUCACCCCGAGCAGGGGAGAUGGAAAAUUGUCGGUGAUCUGGCCUCCGCGGAGACGGGCCUCUGAGAAGGAGCGCAGACCCUGAGGUCUAUGAAGGUUGGGACCUGCGGACAGAAGUAACAUACCCUUUGGAGAACCAGGGUAGGGUUACUCUCCAGAUCAGCAGAAGGCCUAGAGAGGGAAGGGCUAGCUUUCUUUAAUGGCAACUUGAAAUCCAGCCCAUCUUUGAUACUGACUAUGGAAUUAACCACCUUUCUCCAUAAAAUUCUCUAGUCUUCCUUGGAAACCCUGCAAAACCUAUGAGUGAAACAUAAAAUAAACUCCUCCUCCCUUUA